AACGUUCAUCGAAUUGUCAAAAUCCAAUUUGUACCUUUCUCGUUUGUUUACUUACAAAAAGAUUUAAAUUAUGACUAAAGAUUCACGAUAAUGACAAAGCGGAUGCAAUACUUCGGUACUGUAUUCUUUCUGUGUUCGCUAACUUAUUUAACAAAUGUUGUGUUGACCGAGAUUUUUGAGGACGAGACGGCGCAAGUGGAAGAGUGGCUGGACCAAAACGAUCUUGGCGAAUACAAGAAAUUAUUUAAGGAAUAUGGCAUCUCCACACUGUCCGGCUGCGGCUCGCCGGAGCAGUUCGAGCGGCUGCCGGAGCUACCGGCGGCGGAGGAGCGGCGCCUGCGCCGCGCGGCCCAGGUCCUGCAGCAGCGGUUGGUGCUGCGCCAGUGGCUGGCCACGCACCGCCUACAACAUGCAUAUACCAAAUUGCUGAGUCUAGACGUGUCUUCUCUCGAAGACGUGUACUGGCUAGAAGACAGCGCCGCGCGCCAUGUGCUGGACCCUAAGGACUUCGGCGCCUGGUCGGCGGCGCGCCAGAGUCUGCCCACCGGCAAGGACCAGCUUCAGACCCUCAAGUCGGACCUCUGGAGCGCGGUCGUUAAGAACAGUAAACACCAGGAUGCUUGGACUUGGGGCGGCAUGCUGGUGGUAUCCGUAUCGGUGUGUGGGCUGGUCACCCUGGCCGCCAUGACGCAGCCUUCGCUGGCGCCUGAGGCCAAGCAUUCCUUGCUGCAGUACGUCACCGGGAAGUACUUGCACCCGCCUAGCUGUAAGGUGGAGUGGGGCUGGGAGGAGCCUCAUCCUGUCGGAGAUACGAUGUGCUUCACAGUCCAGUGCUACCAGCGCAAUGGACAACCCUACCCAGUCUGUGAUACUGACGAGCUGGCCGUCACCAUCUCGCUCGGGACCAGGAAGAUGACAGCAGUCAUCGAGUUAGGGUCUGGAGACCCAGCACAAGCGCACACAGCGCGCGUCAAAUUCACCGUCCGGACUGCCGGCGUCUACAUUAUCGCUGUCACCAUCGGCGGCGUAAACAUCAGCGGGAGCCCGUACCGGCGCUGGUUCACGGCGGGGCGCGUGGAGGCGCGCAGGUCCCGCGUGGCGCGCGCCGGCGCCGCGCUGGUGUGGUGCGCCGGCCACGAGCGCGCGCUGCACGUGCACCCGAGGGACCAGUUCGACAACCCCACGCACCCGCAGCCCGCGGAAGGCUUCUCAAUCCGGAUCAGCCCGCUGGGCGGCGCGGUGGACGAGCAGCUCUCCUCGUCGGCCGCCUUCCAGUACGAUGCUGUCAACCAACGCGUCUCCAUGACUCUGUGCUUCCCGCAGGCGGGACUGUACAGAGCUGGCAUCUAUUACGAAUCUGUAUUGCUGCACAAUGGUGAAUUCGACUGUAUCGUCCUGACUGCAUCGGACACCGCAACACUUCAACGCAACAUGUCAUCGAAACGCCACAUGUGGUGCUACGCGUGCCGCGCGCCGCCGCCCGCCAAGCCGCGCCGCGUGCUGUGCUGCCUCAGCCGCAAGCAGCUCGUCGUCAAGGACUACAUCCUCGGCUUUAUCCCGCGCCGCUCCACGGCCUUCCGUCUGUGCCCCUCCACCAAGUUAAUCCUCAAACCAAGUGAAGACAGUGCGGAAGAAGGAGCUUUCGCGUUAGACGAUGGAGUCCAACCGCGGGUAGAACUAGUAUCAGCGCAGCGCGACCUCAUCGCUGCCACCUUCGCGCAGCUGCUCGUCGCCAACUGCGGCGGCGAGGACACCUUUAAGAACAAGCAGGACUUCUUCUACAGCGAGGUCCGCAAGGCGCACUCGCGGCACCCGCACGACAAGCUAGCCAUCCGAGUGUUGAGGGCAGACCUCGUGGCCACCAGCCUCAAGGCCACGCGACACUUCACCGUCGCCGACUGGUGCAAGAACUUCGACGUCACCUUUCAAGGGGAACAAGGAGUGGACUGGGGCGGAGUGAGGCGGGAGUGGUUCUCGCUGCUGUGCGGCACGCUAUUCGACGCCCGUUUCGGCCUGUUCGCGCCCUUCCACGACUCACCCACCGGCCUCGUGCACCCCAACCCGGAGCGGCCCAAGCACCUCAAGCUGAAGCACUUCGAGCUGGCGGGCAAGCUGGUGGGCAAGUGCCUGUACGAGAGCGCGCUGGGCGGCAGCUACCGGCAGCUCGUGCGCGCGCGCCUCUCGCGCUCCUUCCUCGCGCAGAUCAUCGGCCUGCGAGUGCACUACAAGUACUUCGAGCAAGACGACCCUGAACUCUACCUGUCCAAGAUCAAGUACCUGCUGGAGACGGACCUGGACUCGGCCGAGUCCGUGCCGGAGAUAUACUUCGCGGAGGACGUGUACAACUCGUCCGGCCACUUGGUGGAGACGCACGAUUUAAUACCCAACGGCUCGACGAUACGGGUAACGAACAGCACCAAAAUGAAAUACCUGGACGCACUGGCACAAUGGCGGCUGGCAACGCGUUGUCGGCUAGAAACGGACGCCUUCCUGCGCGGCCUCACGCUGCUCGUGCCCGACAACCUGCUCGCCAUCUUCGACGAGAACGAACUCGAGCUGCUGGUGUGCGGCACGGGCGAGGUGUCGGUGGCGGACUGGCGCGCGCACGCGCUGGUGGCGGGGUCGGGGCGCGGCUGGGAGCGGCUGCUGGGCUGGUUCUGGGCCGCCGUCGCCAACUUCAGCGCCGAGGAGCGCGCGCGCCUGCUGCAGUUCACCACGGGCUGCUCGCAGCUGCCGCCCGCCGGCUUCCAGGAGCUGAACCCUCGGUUCCAGAUAACGGGCGCGCCGACGUUCGGCGCGCUGCCCACGGCGCACACGUGCUUCAACCAGCUGUGCCUGCCCGACUACGACUCGUACGAGCAGCUCGUGCACGCGCUGCUGUGGGCCAUCAACGAGGGCGGCGAGGGCUUCGGCAUGAUCUGAGCGA